UAACUCUGCCUAAACCGCAACACCCCCCUCUCUCUUGUAUGAGCCAAGAAAACAAAUGCGAACCAAGAAAACCAUCCGCAUUCUUUUCCUACCUUCCCUCCCCUCCCUCCCCCUUCCCCUCCAACCCUUUUAGAGGCCAGUGACUAUGCGAGCGAGACCCUCGUCGCCUUCUUCGCUUUCUCGGGAUCGGCUCCUGGCGGUGUUGUAGGUGGCUGUUUGGAUCGUUCUGUGCACGCGGCGCCGUCCAAUCGAGCCUCGGAAAUGGGAUCUAUCUGGGACUCCACUGUCGCUGGCGGCCCCGAGCUGCGCCAUUUCUCCUGGGCCGUCUUCUUCGCCGUCGCCUUCUUUUGUGCUCGCUUCAUCCUCGACCGCCUCAUCUAUCAGCCAUUGGCUACCAGAAUGUUGAGUACUAAAGGUGCUUUAAUGAUGAAUGAGGAGGCUAGACUGGCAAAGAUUGUGAAGUUUUCUGAGUCAAUGUGGAAGCUGACAUAUUAUGCAAGCGUUCAAGUGUGGGUUCUUUCUAUAAUAACGCAAGAGCCUUGGUCGUUGGAUACAAAAGAGUACUUCAAAGGGUGGCCAAAUCAAGAAUUGAAGUCCUUACUGAUGCUGUUCUACAUGUGCCAAUGUGGGUUCUACGUUUAUAGCAUUGGUGCUCUCGUUGCGUGGGAAACCCGCAGGAAAGAUUUCUCUGUAAUGAUGUCUCAUCACAUAAUAACUUCAUUUUUGAUUGGGUACUCAUAUCUAACAAGAUUUUUUCGGAUUGGUACUAUCAUCCUUGCUUUGCAUGAUACAAGUGAUGUUUUUCUUGAGGCGGCCAAAUUGUUCAAAUAUUCUGAGAAAGAGAUUGCAGCUAGCUUGUGCUUUGGACUCUUUGCACUCUCAUGGCUUUUGUUGCGUCUAGUUUACUUUCCCUUCUGGAUAAUUAGAACCUCAUGCUACCUGUCUAUUGAAGCCUUGAUGAUACUGGAAAACUUUCCCACUUCUCUGUACUACAUUUUCAACACCAUGCUCCUCACAUUGCUUGUAUUCCACAUCUACUGGUGGAAGCUAAUAUGUGCCAUGAUCAUGAGACAGCUGAAUAACAGAGGACAGGUGGGAGAAGAUGUUCGAUCAGAUUCAGAGGAUGAAAAAUGAUCAAGCUCACAGUUGGGGAGUAACAGCUACCAAUUCUGUGGAUUUAUUACUCAACUGUAUGGAUGGUGCAGAUCAGGAAGAGAAGGUGAACAGGAAUUAACGUAGGUAGGGAAUGAUGUUUUCAUCGGAAAACCUUGUUAUCUAUUUUAAUCCUUCUUUUUUACAAAACAUAAUGUUUCAUAAUCCCGGUGUGUACAAGGGCUGUUUGUGACCGGGGUUCUCUUGGGCUUCCUCUAUGAAGGCUUUGGCACGACGAAAGAAAGAAAACAAUCAGCUGAUGAGUAUGAAUUUUGAGCAUCAUUUUUUUGUUUUAAUUGUGCGAGUUAUGUAGGCCUUUUUUCUUUUUUUUCUUUCACCUCCUGGGAAUGCUGUUUUAUAACCAAAUAAGCUGCAUAAAUGCUGUUGUAGCAGCAGGCGGCGGCGGCUACUGCUGCUUCGUUAUUGUUGUUGUUGUAGCACAACUUAGCGGAGAAAGUCUUGGAGAAAUUAGUUCUUUUGAUGUAGCUUGUCGAAAUUUAUAUGGACGUUAAUUUUCUAAUUGUUUAAUGCAAAUACCUGGGCUUAAUA